AUGUCUGCCCCCGCUAAGAAGGAGUUCCUGUGCAUCCUGCCGGAUAAGCCCGGCGCGAUGGCGAAGCGCAUCGAGGUUCGACCAGCGCAUCUGGAGGGCGUCAAGCCUUUGGUUGCAUCUGGCAAGGUCGUUGCUGGUGGCGCGAUGCUCAACUCCCACCCCACCGAGGGCGAAACCCCUUCCUUUAAGGGGAGCAUGAUGCUCGCCGUGGCCGAGUCCGAGGCCGAGGUGCGCCAGCUGCUUGCUAACGAUAUCUACGGCACUUCUGGUGUGUGGGAUUUGGAGAAUGCGCAGAUUAUUCCCUGCAAAACAGCCAAACAUCCAUCUUAUCGCAACAUCACUUGGAUUCUCCAACUUCUCUCCCUGACCAACCUACAUCCAUCCAUCAUGGCCCCCGAAUCCACCCCGUCCAAAGGCGGGGGGAUGAUGUCCUUGUACGCCAACCUGCUCGACCCCUCCGCAGAGGCCCCCGGCACCAUUUCCCGCGCUCCCGUCGUCUUUAAACAGAGCUCCGAGUCCGACGCGCAACCCGACGAGUCUGCUGUGAAGAAGCAGCAACUGAAUGCUGGUACUUUUCACUCAUCUUCCCUCAAUCCAACUCCUGUACUCACUUCUUCAGCUUCCCUCCGUUUCCAACCCACCAAAAGACCCCAGCUCUCAGCCCAGAAACCGAAACCCAAACCUUCAAUACCAAAGACCGCGCCCUCCUCCGCUACCCAGAACCCUGCCCCCGCACCCGCCGCACCUCCGAAAAGCACGCUUGCCGACUGGGCUGGCACGGGAGACGAUGACUACAAUGGGUACUAUAUGGGCGAGAAGCGGCAGCGCGGCGGCAGGAAGAAACGCAAGAAGAAUCGCGAAGCGCAUGCUGCCACGCAGAACUGGGAUGAUAUCUAUGAUCCGUCGCGGCCGAACAACUACGAAGAAUACCGGCAUAGCGAUGAGAAGAUUUUCGAGGUCCGCGAGUGGAAGGACCGGCUGUAUGCUCAUCGGAUGAGACGCUCACCGAGCAUGGACUCGGAUAGUGAGGACUAUGACCGGCCACGGAACCGUCAAUUCGCUCCCCCCAGCUUCGCACCGCCGCCGAAUAUCAAUAACGCGCCCCCUCCACCCCCGGCCUCGGUCCCUGACGAUGCGUUCGGCGAAGAUGCAUUUGCUCGACGGAUGCGCAUGAGUCAACGCUCCGGUGAUAACUGGCCUAUGGCUCAUAACGAAUCUCCGCCACCUCCCCCGCCUACAGAACCCCCCGCCCCGAUCGCCGACGAUCCUACCGGGGAAGAUGCCUACAUGCGACGACUACAACGGAGCGGAGUUCAACCGCCAGCAGAGAAUCCACCACCACCACCUUCACGCCCUCUCGACACCAUUCAACCCAGCUCUGCAACCAUCUCCCGCGCACCAGUCCGCUACACCCUACCACCACCACCAGAAGAUAUCCCCGCCUCAGAAGCCGAGCUGGAAGCCGUAUUCGCGCAAGAACAACCUUCAGAAGAACCCGACGCAGACGAGGACGCACCACGCUCACUACGACCGGGCCAAAAGGGCUUCGCCGAGCGGCUUCUUGCCAAAUACGGCUGGACCAAGGGCUCUGGACUCGGCGCCACGGGCUCUGGUAUUGCCAAGCCGCUGCAGGUGAAAGUUGAGAAGCAGAAGAAACGCCCCGACUCGGAGGGCGGAGGAUUCGCGACGCCAGCCGGCAGGGGGAAGAUCACUGGGGGUAAGAGGAAGGGCGGGGACGAUGAGGGCAAGUUUGGAGCUAUGAGUGAGGUGAUUGUUUUGAGGGGCAUGUUGGAUGGUAUGGAUUUGGAGGCCGAGUUGACUGGCGAAGGUGGUGGACUGAUGCAGGAGAUUGGGGAGGAGUGUUCUGAGAAGUACGGAAGCGUGGAACGAGUCUUCAUCGCCCGAGAUGCGGGUGAACCGGUCCCGGUCUUCGUCAAGUUCACCAGUCCAUUAUCUGCUCUACGGGCCGUCAAUGCGCUAGAAGGACGCAUCUUCAACGGGAAUAAAAUCGGAGCGCGGUUCUUCGACCCCGAGAAGUUCGCGAAAGGAAUCUAUAUCGACUGA